UUGCGUCGGGGUAGCUAGUGAAGUGUCUGUUGGUGCUGAAGAGGUUACGAUUACCGAUAAACUACGAUUGAAGAGGGCGGGGAGCGCGACAUUUGGUAGGAGAAGAAGAAGAAGAAGAGUAAGUCGAGAGAGUGUAGGCGCAGGCGCCGUGGGUGAUGUGAGGCUGGCGCCCGCCUCACGUUUGGGGUGAUGCCCUCCAGUGAGCCUCAUCCCCCCCAGUACCACCUUCAACACCACAACAUUCCUCCCUCGCAUCUUCAGCAGCAUACGUCGACCGCGAUCGGGCAGCAUCAGCUCUAUCAGCAGCUGGUGGCGGCCCAUCAUCAGCAACAGCAACACCAGCAGCAGCAGCAGCAGCAGCAGCAGCAGCGUCAACAGCAACACGGCGGGCCCUUUCAAAAUUCCACGUACACGCAGCAGAAGCAGGAGAUGAGCCCGGAGGAGGAGGGGGGUCGAGGGGGCGGGUCCCCCCCGGCAGCGGGGGCUGCGCUGCAUCAGCCCCACCACCCCCGCACGGCCAGUCCACCCUCGGGCACAGAACCCUGCACCCGCGAUGCUAUACCAACGCCUACACCUAUCGCGGAUACCACCACAACGCCCACCACCACUACUAUGACAAUGCAGUCGCAAGGGCAACAGCAACAGCAGCAACAGCCGGAAGGUCCCAGUCCGAGUCCAAGUCCAACGGGCGGCGACGUUGAGAAAUUCGACGGGAAGAUCGUCUACAAUCCCGACGGUUCGGCGUACAUUAUCGAGGGUGAGAGUGAACUGAGCGAGGAUGACUCCUUGCCGGACGGUUGUAUUGUAGACGGGCGCGGUGUCUCUGUUCCUCAUUCGUUAGUAUUUCCUCAAAUCGCGAGCGCGUAUUACGUGUCGCGACUAUACGCGCAUCAGGCCUACCAGCAGCAACAGCAACAACAACAGCAACGCUCGGCGGUGCAACAGCACAAUCCCGAUCUUCCUGUGAUGCACAGCUAUCGGGUGAUCAGUUACAGAAGCGCGGAGGGCAGUAAACAGCCGCCCCCGCCCACGGUUGCACCACCGUCUCCUGCCGCAUCCGUGCCCGUGAAACCGAUUCUAAUGUGUUUCAUAUGUAAAUUGAGUUUCGGGUACGCGAAAAGUUUCGUGGCGCACGCUCAGGGCGAGCACCAGCUCACCUUGAUGGAGGACGAAAGACAAGUACUUUCUCAUUCGACGGCGUCGGCUAUCAUUCAAGCGGUGGGCAGGGGAAAGCAACCACUCGUCAGCUUUCUCGAACCUGUGAUGAAUACCACUUGCCCGCAAUCGUCACCCGCGCCGGUGCAAAUUCACCAGCAACAACAGCGCACCGAAUCCAACGAGCACGAAACACCGACAACGACCGGUACGCCGACCAGCACUCCAGGGGUACCGAGCAGUCCUCAACAGCAGCAACAGCAGCAGAGGCCAUCGCCGAGUACACCCACCACACCCACGUCUCAUUCGAAUCAUCCGCUCGUGUAUAAUCAUCAACCGCCACAGCAACAUCAAUGGACCGGGGCGCAGGUCAGCGCUGCUUCCUGGGCCAAAGCACCAGACGCUAGCAUGCAUUACACUUCACCACCGCCGCCAACUUCAUCGACGAAAGGUUCACCGUCUUCUUACGCAGCUUUGACCCAACAGCCACCGAAUUUCCUAACAGGCACGACCAUCGGUGUCUGCCCGGAACACAUGCAAGGUAGACCUAGCGGGGUCGAGUGUCCGAAAUGCGAGCUUAUUCUCGCCAGCAGCAGGUUGGCCGGUCCCGGUGGACCAUUGGCCGGUAUUCACAGUCGAAACUCGUGUAAAACGUUGAAGUGUCCUAAAUGCAACUGGCAUUACAAAUAUCAGGAGACCCUUGAGAUACACAUGAAGGAGAAGCAUCCGGAAAGCGAAACAUCUUGCAUAUAUUGCAUUGCUGGCCAACCUCAUCCCAGGUUAGCACGCGGCGAAACUUACACCUGUGGAUAUAAGCCCUACAGAUGCGAGGUGUGUAAUUAUUCCACCACGACGAAGGGUAAUCUUAGUAUCCACAUGCAGAGCGACAAGCAUUUGAAUAACAUGCAAGAGCUCCAGCAGGGCGGCGGCGCUACCUCGGGGGCCAGCAAUCCAUCUUCCUCUCAGGACGCGCCAAUGCCAACGAGAAGUCCGCAUCACCAGCAGAAUCAUAGCCCGCACAUAACUGGCCAAGCUGGAAACCAAAGUAAACCGAAACCAACGUUUCGCUGCGACGUUUGCAACUACGAGACCAACGUGGCGCGUAACCUGAGGAUACACAUGACCAGUGAGAAACACACGCACAACAUGCUGGUCUUGCAACAGAACGUGAAACACAUGCAAACUCUGUCCGCGUUACAGUCCCAUCACCAGCAAGCACAGCACCACCAUCAGCAAGCGCAACAGCAGCAUCAGCAGCAACUCGAGCAGUUGCUUCACCUGGGCGGCUUGGAUAAACCCCAACACGCCGAGGCAGCCCUUGCGGAUAUGGCUUACAAUCAGGCCUUACUGAUUCAAAUGAUGACCGGUGGUCAACUGCCACCACAGCUCCCACCGGAAAUUAUGGGCGGUAUGGCGAGCAUGGGCGCGAUUGGAAAUCUCGGCGGAGACGUUGGACUUUCACCGGACAGUAUGGAUCCACCGCCAGAACCGGCCGAUCCCGAUCCGUCUCAACUUUAUCAAUGCUGUGUCUGCAACAAUUUCGCAUCGGACUCGUUGGAAGCUCUGGGCCACCAUCUGGCUGUAGAUCGAACGCGAACGCGGGAAGGCGAAAUCCUCGCUCUGGUAGCCGGCCACUUCGUAUGCAAACUUUGUUCCUAUAAAACUAAUUUAAAGGCGAACUUCCAGCUUCACUGCAAAACCGACAAGCAUCUGCAACGUCUGCAACACGUGAACCACGUGAAAGAGGGUGGUCCCAGAAACGAAUGGAAGCUGAAGUACCUGGCAUCGCCCACCAGCGCAGCCCAGUUGCGUUGUCACGCGUGCGAUUAUUACACCAACAGCGCACACAAAUUGGCCCUUCACGCCGCAUCACCGAGACACGAGGCCGCGGCUCUGCUUCUUCGUCAUCUGCUGGAGGCCAGCUCGAAUGUGCUGUCGCACGGGAAACUGUACCAUUGCGCUCUCUGUGGAUUCAGCGCGAGACACAGAUUGCCGCUUCUGCAGCACGUUCGAUCGUUGAGACACCUUCAGAUGGAACAACUGCAUCAGCUUCAUCGACGGAGUGGCAUCCAAGGGAACGAAACCCCUCAUACAGACAUCGGUGAUGUUUUUCAAGUUGUGGGCGAUCCGGAUGCUCCAGCCGCGCAACAAUCCGGUCCGAAUACACCGACCACUCCGAACGCUACCAGUGUCAACAACGAACGACGGGAGGACGGUAGCGAAUGCGGUAACGAGGUGAAGCAAGAGCCAGAUAACGAUCAUGAAACGGAACAAGAACCGGAGAACGAACAGGAGGAUGUCACCUGCCCGUAUUGCACUUAUCAACCGACGUCACGCGAGGAAUUAAGGCAACAUUUGCAAGUAGCUCAUGUUCAAGACUCCGACGAGAAGGCCGAGACUGUGAAGGAGGAACCACCGCCGGAAUUGUUAUGCCCGUUAUGCCAGGAUGGAUUCAGAGAACGUGCAGCGCUGGAGAAGCACGUGAUGCAAAUACAUUCGGUGAACGCGGACGGUUUGCAGCGGCUACUGCUUCUGGUAGAUCAGAGCCAUUGGCUGAACAACAACCCCAGAAACACCUCGACACCCGCGGUGACCAUGCCAACGUCACCGACCACGACCACCAAGCCGCCGCAAGAAGAAGAUCUCAGCGAGCGCGGCGGCAACGAAGAGAUCGAGGAAAUCACUCGGUGCACCAUCUGCGGACGUAUAUGCCGUUCGUUGGAGGAAUUACAACAACAUCACAGGGAGGCUCAUCCUGCUACCACGCCCACGUUGGCGGUCAGCGAGAAACACGUUUACAAAUAUCGGUGCGGACAGUGCAGCCUGGCCUUCAAAACUCUGGAGAAAUUACAGCAGCACUCGCAAUAUCACGCGAUCCGGGACGCGACGAAGUGCGCUCUGUGCGGACGAUCGUUUCGCUCCGUGCAGGCAUUGCAGAGACACCUCGAGUCGACUCACGCGGACAUGCACGAAGAGGAACUCGCGCAGUACAAGCAGAGCUUGAUUCACGCGCACCCGCUUCUCCAGGCGCUCACCGAGGAGAGUUUUCGAAGGCAAGGUAAUCUAAGCGUGGAGCAGACCGUAGAAGACGACACAAGCAAAGCGGACGAAGAGGAGAGUGACGCGAGCGACUCGUCGCCUCUGCAUAAGGAACAACGUCUUUUGGAGGACUAUUUGAAUAGCCAGCCGGUUGCCGAAGACUCGUAUCAUGAUCCGGGCAGGAAGUUCAAGUGUCAUCGCUGCAAGCUUGCGUUCACGCGGCAGAGCUACUUGACUGGACACAACAAAACGUUGUUACAUCGUAAGGGAGAGAAGAUGUCCUAUCCGAUGGAGAAAUACUUGGACCCCAACAGACCGUACAAAUGUGACGUUUGCAAGGAGAGCUUCACCCAGAAGAAUAUACUCUUAGUUCAUUACAACAGUGUGAGUCAUCUGCACAAGUUGAAAAGAGCUAUGCAAGAACAGGGUAAUAAUAAUACACUGAUCUCGGUCGUGCCGCCAGCUAGUCCGACAGAAUCGCCAGAUUCGCAGCAAGAUCAAGAUAAGAAGCCUUACAAGUGUAACAUUUGUAAAGUAGCUUAUUCCCAAGGUAGCACUUUGGAUAUUCAUAUGAGGAGUGUGCUUCAUCAGACAAGAGCCAGUAAACUGCCAGACCUCGCUGCCAGCGGGCAAUUAGACCUUGCUCGACCUUUGAUCGAGCAACCGCCACCAACCAGUCCAAACAGCCCACCCGUUAGCGCUAACACUACCAGCACCGGAAUGUUGUCUUGUCCCCGAUGCAGCGCACUUUUCGUGAAUCAAGAACAACUCGCGACGCAUCAACAGCUCUACUGCAUCUUCAGCAAUCCAUUGGCGUUAUUUCAACAACUGGCAGCGUCGCAGCAGCUCGUUCCGUCUGCGCCCGCCAAAACACCACCACCACCGACGUCCACAACGCCUGGCCCGCAACACAUGCAACAGAGCACUCAACACCCUGCGCAGACAACGCAAGACAUACUGUCGCAGCCGCGUCACAAAACCUCGCAAAUGUACAAGCAUCUGUUGGAGAGCUUUGGAUUCGAUCUGGUCAUGCAGUUCAACGAGAACCACCAAAGACGUCAACGGAAAGAAGAGGAGGCUGCCGCGGCUCUUCAAGCACAACAGGAACAGCAGAAGCAAGAGCAACAAAAACAAGCUCUUGCUGCCCUGGCCGCGCGUGAAAGAGAGGAUGAAGCUGAGGAGCCCACCGACGACGAUGUCAUACCGGAACUGACCAGAAGUACUUGCCAACAUUGUAACAAGGAGUUCAGUAGCGUCUGGGUGCUGAAAGCUCAUUGCGAGGAGGUACAUCGUGAUCUGGUGCCUCGUGAAUUUCUCGAGAAAUACGCGCAGCAGUUUAAAUGCGAAUAUGAGAAGAAGAGUGUAGUGGUAACCGUAGCGACAUCCUCUUCCACGUCGUCUGCGCCCAGAAGUUCAACACCCGCGUCUGCCCAACCGCAAGAUCUUUCUGCCGACAAGGAACACCGUGAAAAAGAAAAGGAAGAGGGUACGGAGAAUAAAGAACGCGUCAGCAAGACUCCAGAAGCUACUUCGACUACCCCUGCAACGACCCCUGCUUUGAGCAACACGCCCGUGUCGAGCACGGAUUCAACUACUCCUACCGUGUUGUCGGCAAAUCCAACCCAUCAUAUGCAACAACAACAGCAGCAACAGCAACAGCAACAGCAACAGCAACAACAACAACAACAACAACAACAACAGCACGCACAGAUAACUCUGGCUCAGCAAAUGUCCGAAAUGCAGGCUGCUUUGAACGCCAUGGCAGCUUCUCAACUACAACAGCAACUUCAGCAGUACCCGGGAUUGAUGAUGGGAAUGAUGGGUCUACCGCUUGGAUUGAAUGUUCCUGCUUUGGCAGCGAUGAAUCUUCAGCCACCGUUGGUUCCGAUGAUGCUACCGCCGCCUCCGUACGAUGGUGCUGCGACCGCGUAUCCACCUAUCAACGCGCAAGCUGAUCUUUUGGCUAAGCAACAUCUCGCGUUGCAACAGCAACAAGCAGCAGCGGCAAGCGCAGCUGCGUCGCAGAAACGAGCACGUACUCGUAUAACAGACGAACAGCUUAAGAUACUACGAGCACAUUUUGAUAUUAACAAUUCGCCCGGUGAAGAACAGAUCCUAGAUAUGGCAGCACAAAGUGGACUACCACCGAAAGUAAUCAAACAUUGGUUCCGAAACACGCUAUUUAAAGAACGGCAACGCAACAAAGAUAGCCCUUACAAUUUCAAUAAUCCCCCGAGCACAACGUUGAAUCUCGAAGAGUAUGAGAAAACCGGGGAGGCCAAAGUCACUCCAUUAAAUUCUAGUGUAUCUGGUAGUAGUUCCUCGGACGAUAAGAGUCCGAAUAAACAAGCGUCCCCUCCACCGCCAACGGCGAACAUCAAUACCACUCAGGCGACCGAAAUAAAGCAGGAGAUUCAAGAGCAUCAGCAGUGUCACGUUCAACAACAAUCGCAGCAUCAGGAAGAGCAGCAGCAUCACUCGCCCGGAAGUUCGGGUGGCCAACUAUCCCGACCGCAUUCUCCAGCCCUUAGCAUGAGCUCCGUUUUUCCCAGCAUGCAUCACGAUGUUUCGUCUCACACACCAACGACGACAAGCGCGCCGAGCACUCCCAUGCUGCCGCCAAAACUGGGACCGCAGAGUUUCGCUAGUCCCAACCCUGGACCAGGUGGGGUUGUACCAGGUGCCAUAGCAGCGAUGGCCUUGACACCUCAACGAUCUCUAAGCCCCGGCCGCGGGCCGACCGAUUAUUCCUUCGGCAGCGGUUCCAACGGUAACAGUUCCUCGGGCAGCAGUUCUGGAAAACGCGCUAAUCGAACGAGAUUUACCGAUUACCAAAUCAAAGUCCUUCAAGAAUUCUUCGAAAACAACGCGUACCCGAAGGACGACGAUCUGGAGUAUCUGAGUAAACUUCUUGGCUUGAGUCCGCGUGUCAUCGUAGUUUGGUUUCAAAAUGCUCGACAAAAGGCGCGCAAAGUGUACGAGAAUCAACCAGCCGCGGAGCCAGUGACGACAGGUGCCCGCGAAGGGGACGAUGGAUCCGGCCGUUUCCAAAGAACACCCGGCUUGAACUACCAGUGUAAAAAGUGCUUACUGGUAUUCCAGAGAUAUUACGAACUCAUUCGACAUCAGAAAACUCAUUGCUUUAAAGAGGAGGAUGCCAAGAGAAGCGCGCAAGCACAGGCUGCCGCGGCUCAAGUCGCUGCCGUUUUAAGUUCCGAAGAUAGCAACAGCAGCUCCACGACAACCACCACGAAUGUUACGUCCAACAAUCCAACGAACGCGCCUGCCCUCGCUGAACAAUUACAGCAACCUUUGAGCGCCACCACUUCACCUCAUCAUCAACAGCAGACAAUGACACAGUCGCAUCAGCAGCCGCAGCAACCAAUGCAGCAGCAGCAACAACAACAACAACAGUCACAGUCGCAGUCGCAGCCCCAGGCCGAGUCCAAGGAGGGCAGUUUCCAGUGCGACAAGUGCAACCUGAUGUUUGGACGAUUCGAACUGUGGCGGGAACAUCAGCUAGUACAUAUCAUGAACCCGUCCCUGUUCCCACCCGCAUACCCACCAGAUUCACCUUUCGGGAUUCUCCAACAGCAGGCGCUAAAUGCUACGUCCGGGGUAGCUCCCGAGACCGCCCAUCCGCUUAUCGCGAUGAUGCAAGAUAGGAAACGAAAGUACGAGGACUUCGACGAUGGGACAGGUGGCGAAUCUCGUUCGAAUUCCGAGCACAGUGAGCAACCGAAGGACAAACGUUUGAGGACUACAAUACUACCAGAACAAUUGGAUUAUCUGUAUCAGAAGUAUCAAGUCGAGUCGAAUCCAUCGAGAAAAAUGCUGGAGACGAUCGCUCGCGAGGUUGGCUUGAAGAAACGCGUUGUUCAGGUGUGGUUCCAAAACACUCGGGCUCGCGAACGAAAGGGCCAGUUUCGCGCGCAUAGUCAGGUGAUCAACAAACGUUGCCCGUUCUGUCCAGCGUUGUUCAAAGUGAAGUCUGCGUUGGAGUCGCAUCUGAGCAGCAAGCACGCCGAUCAGGUCGCCCGCGGUGAGGUGAACAUAGAUAACAUCCCGGACGAGGAACUCUCGAUGGAGUCCGCGCCCUCGAAUCCGAGUACACCGAACAUGAUGCCACCGUUGUUCCCACCUUUCAACACCGAUAUGGAAGCGUCACUGAAGAAGUACUACGAGGAGUCGAUGAAACGAUACAUCAGCGAGCUACAGGCUCACGCCAGCAACGGGAAGCAGGAGGCGACGAAUCACCAGAGUUCCGGCAACAACAGCGGCGAAUCACCAUUAGAUCUGAGCAAACCGGUCGACCUGAGCCGACCGAUGAAGUUGAGUCUCGGUGGUUUGAGCAAUCUUCUCGAAGAACAGCACAGCAUGCACUUCCGCGGCGGCAGCGAUUGCGGCCCGCUAACCGAUCUAUCCGAGCGAAGUAUUUGCGACGACGACAGCAUGAGCGAGACCACCGAAUUCUUGGACGACGAGAGUGGACCGGCGAGUCCGGCAUCGAGUACACAAAGCUCACGACAGGGACCCGCGUCCGUGGGAACCGGGAGUACCGCGGUCACACCGGUGACCGGGACCGGCAGUGGAACCGGCCAAUCGAGCGGCAAACGAUAUCGUACACAGAUGUCGGCGACUCAGGUGAAGGUGAUGAAGUCGCUGUUCUCGGACUACAAGACGCCAACCAUGGCUGAAUGCGAGAUGCUCGGUCGUGAGAUUGGCCUGCCGAAACGCGUCUGGUUCCAGAAUGCCCGCGCCAAGGAAAAGAAAGCCAGGUUGGCGGCUGGCCUGCCAGCCGAGGGUUCGGCCGUCCAACCGCAUCGUGGACCGACCGGGCCCGACGAGUGUAGACUCUGCUCGGUCCGAUACUCGGCCAAGUCGCCGCUCCAGGAACACGUUUUCUCACGGCGACACAUCGAAUCGGUGCGUGUCGCUGUCGAGGAGGGUAGCUUGGUGCCCCCGACACCUGGCGCGCCGAUCGUUCCUAUCAGCGGCAACACCGGCACGCCGGGAAUCGGUAGCGCGUCAGCGGUGAUCGGAGCAACCAAUCAGCAGCCAGCUGGCCAACAACAGCAGCAGCAGCAGCAGCAGCAGCAAUCGGACGAAAACAUGAUGUACGGAUCCUUGUUCCUUCACCCCACGGCGAUGUUCCAGCCGCAGCAGCAACAACACCCUGGCACCGCAACACCUAGCACGGCGACCACCACGGCCGGUGAGUGUCUCGCUGACCUCUUAGACUCGUAA